CGGGAAGGAAAUCUGCCUGCAAUCAGCUGUAACUUGUCUGUGCUCGCCAGUCAGUCAAGGCAGACCCGUUAUUACUGUAUUAUAUAAGUGAAAUGUAUUGGCCAUUGUAUGCUUGCUAUUUCCUAAUUAUCAAGCAGCUGCUGUAGUUUAAGGUAGUCGUAGCCAAUAAUGCUGUGGCUAAAAGGAGAUCAUUUUGUUGUUUGGGGCUAAUGUAUUGUAAUGUCGUGUGUAAUGGUGAUAACACUCUUGACUUGGUGACGGUGCAUUUCAUUGUCCGACUCAUCAGUCUUCACGUAUUGCGAGGUUAGGCUGACACACGCAGGGCAGAGGAGCUGACGCUGAGGCACCAUGACUGAGAAAAAGGAUCUCCAGGACUGUGUUGAGGAGCUGAGGUGGGAGCGAGCUCAGUGCUCCUUUGAUGUGGAGGAGCUGACCAAUAUUUUUGAUGGCGGAAAGGAGGUGACAGCUCGACGCCGUAAGAUUGAGCACUUGAUAUGUAGUGAUCCGGCUUUUAAGGACGAGGUUCCCCCUGAGUACCUGAGCCAUGAAGACCUAUACACUAAUGAGGUGCGCAAAGUGACACACCUGGUGAGAAAACUAGAGGAGCAUAACAUCUCUCCAAGGGAGGCCAACACUACUCAGAUCUCCAGCAUGCUGAAGGACGGUAAUCCUUUCGGCGUGCACCUGUCCAUGUUCUCCAAUGCACUGACAAGCCUGGCCAGCCCUGAGCAGCAGCAGCAAUGGCUCCACCUUGCUGAGAAGAACAGGAUAAUUGGCACUUAUGCACAGACUGAGAUGGGUCAUGGGACUUUCUUGAGAGGACUGGAGACCACAGCUACCUAUGACCCAGACACCAAGGAAUUUGUGCUCCACUCCCCAACCAUCACAUCUACCAAGUGGUGGCCUGGAGGAUUGGGCAAGACAAGCAACACGGCAAUUGUGAUGGCACAGUUGUACACGCAGGGCAAGUGUCACGGGCCACACCCCUUCUUUGUGCAGCUAAGGGACUACGACACACACCGUUCUCUGCCUGGCAUUAUUCUGGGCGAGAUUGGUCCUCGGCUGGGCAUCAACAGUCAGGACAACGGCUACCUCAGGUUUGACCACUGCCGCAUCCCUCGCACCAACCUGCUCAUGAGGCAUUCACAAGUUCUGGAGGAUGGUUCGUACAUCAAGCCAAUUCACAACAAGCUGUCCUAUGGCACGAUGGUGUGGACGCGAGUGGCCAUUGCUUACGGCUGCAGCAAGAAACUAGCAUGUGCUGUAACCAUAGCAACACGUUACUCAGCUGUGCGUCACCAGUCAGAGCUUGUGCCAGGGAAGCCAGAGCCACAGAUCCUGGAGUACCAGACACAGCAGUACAAGUUGCUGCCUCACCUCGCCUCAGUGUUUGCCAUCCUCUUCUCAGCCAGCAGUGUGAUUAGGAUGCAGCGCCAGGUGGCCGCUGACAUCAGCAAGGGCAAUGUGGAGUUUUUGCCUGAGCUUCACAUCCUGUCCUGUGCGAUAAAGGCUCUAAGUGCUCAGGACAGCACACAGGGCAUAGAGACGUGCCGCCUUGCCUGUGGUGGACAUGGAUACAUUGCCUCCUCCAGGUUACCGUCCCUUUACACCAGCACCACCUGCACCAUCACCUAUGAGGGAGAGAACACUGUCUUGUUGCUCCAGGUGGCCAGGUAUCUCAUGAAGUCAUAUCGAGCUGGCUUAGAAGGCUCACCAGUGUUGCCGUCAGUCCAAUACCUCACUGCUUCACCAGUCAUGCACCACUCACCACCACUCUCCAAUCAAGCUUUGAUAGAGGCCUUCAAGAUAUCAUCUGCCAAUCUGGUGAAGGAGACAGAAUCCCGUCUCUACAGACGAUUCAACUCAGGGCAGAAUUUUCACCACGCAUGGAACUGCUGCUCAGUGGCACUAGUCCGCUGUGCUGAGUUACACUCCAGGUAUUAUAUGUGUGAGAAGUUCCUGAGCACAGUGGAGAGCAUCAUUGCCAGUGCCGGGGUGAAGAGUGUCCUGCAGAACCUGUGUCGCCUGUACCUCAUCCACCACAUUAUUCUGAACCAGGGACACUUCCUCAGGAGUGGGACCCUCAGUGCAGCAAAUCUCUCAGCGCUAGAGGAGGAAAUGUGUGAGUUGCUGACAAGGCUGCGACCACAAGCUGUUCCUCUGGUGGACGCAUUUGACUUCCGGGAUGAGCUGCUAGGCUCCACACUAGGGGCUUGGGACGGCAGAGUAUAUGAGAGGCUGUAUGAGGAGGCCCAGAAAAGCCCCCUCAACAAGACAGAUGUGUCCAAGGCUUACCACAAGUACCUGCGCCCUCUCAUGAAGUCAAACCUGUAGUGUGGCCAUGGGUGCAGGGAAGGAAGUGUGCUCUCCUCUGGGUUUCUGUCACAGUGCAAUUUAUUUUUUCAAGUUCGGUUCGUUAAAAUCCUUUGUAGUGUCAAAAUUUGGAAGUGUAAAUUUAUGUUUUUUGUUAUGAUUUGAAUAUUUCUUAUUUUUUUAUUUAUUUUUAUUUAAUUUAUUUUAUAUAUAUAUAUAUAUAUAUAUAUAUAUAUAUAUAUAUAUAUAUAUAUA